AGGGACAGAAGUUGUGGUACAAAAGUGUGAAGCUUUGUUUGUCAUUUUAACAAAAGCAGCAAGAUCCUGCAGACAUGCACAGAAGUUAUCUAGACCACUGCCCUCUGUCCACUGCAGGAUCUUCAGAGCAGGAGAUUCCUUUGACAUACAGCUGCCUACCACCAAGGUCCUCCUGUGGGACUUCUUCAGGUUUUGAAGCAGCCAGAGAAUUAUCAAAUCAUAGGGGUGGAGGGGACCAGAAGGAUCACCAGGUCCAACCCUCAAAGCUACUGAGUGAUAGACAGAUGAGUAAUGGAAAACAACAACAGCAGUAGGACCUUCUGACAUCUCCAACAAGCUCCAAAACACCAACAAGAGAAAUCUGAAGGAGUUUUGCAAGAAAAAAGAAAGGUCUGGGUUCCCCGUCUAGAAGAUCAACCCCAUGGAUGGAAAAAUGGCCUCACCACAAGCAAAAGAAAAUCCAUUUGUCUUGGAUAAAACCCUUGGACCACAUCCUAUGAAGGCUACAUCUCUCUCUCUUUCAAAGCUAAAGAUAUUUCUUGGAGCACUGGCAUUUUCUUUUUUUGCCAAAGCUUUUUCAGGAAGCUACAUGAAGAGCACGAUGAUUCAGAUUGAGCGGAGAUUUGAGAUCUCAUCGUCUGUGGUUGGCUUGAUUGAUGGGAGCUUUGAGAUAGGAAACUUAUUGGUAAUGGUUCUGGUGAGUUAUGUUGGACCAAAAGUUCACCGCCCAAAGGUGAUUGCAGCAGGUUCUCUGAUCAUGGCCUCUGGAUCCUUUCUAUCAGUGAUGCCACACUUCAUCAUGGGACAUUACAAUUACAAAAGUAUUGCUGUCUCCUCGGCCAAUUCAUCCGCAAGCAUUUCGGCCUGUGGGUCAGCGCCUCUCCAUCAUUAUGGACUUGCCGAAAGUUCCCGAAACACAACUGCUCUAGGAUGUGAAAAAAUGACAAGUUCCUACUUGUGGCUCUUUGUGUUUGCUGGGAACCUUCUCCGUGGCAUUGGGGAAGCACCUAUCAUGCCCUUGGGGAUGUCUUACAUUGAUGAUUUUGCCACAGAAGAAAACUCUGCCUUUUACAUAGGAACAGUACGGUCAACAGGAAUGUUUGGACCAACUCUUGGCUUCCUGCUUGGUUCUUUUUGUGCUAAUCUGUGGGUUGACAUCGGAGAAGUAGAUUCUGAUACACUGACCAUCAGUUCCAAGGACACGCGUUGGGUCGGUGCUUGGUGGCUUGGGAUAUUGAUCUGUGGAGUCACCAGCUUUAUGUCAUCUCUCCCUUUCUGGUUCCUGCCUUACUCUUUGCCUCAAGAAGGAGAACAAGUUGUUAAGAAGUCCAAUGAAGUUUAUGGAAUCACUCAAGACAGCCGAAGCAAAACAGAUGCUCCCAAACCCCCACAGUUGAAAGUUUCAGAAGUGGUAAAAGAUUUCUUUCCUACUUUGAAAAAACUGUUGGGAAACUCCAUCUUCCUAAUCUAUUUGCUCCUCACAAUCCUCCAAUACAAUUCUCUGGUUGGCAUGAUAACCUUUGAAUCAAAGUUUAUGGAGCAGCAGUUCAACAUCUCUGUUUCAAGAGCCAUCUUUCUUAUUGGUGUGAUCAUUUUACCCAUUACCAUCGUGGGGAUGUUCUUGGGAGGUUUUCUCAUCAAGAGGUUCAAACUGCACAUUGCAGCCAUGGCAAAGUUUGCCUGUAUCACCUUUGUAGCAGCUUUCCUGUUAAACCUGUUUUACUUUGGCGCCAGUUGUCAAGUGCUUCAAGUAGCCGGUUUGACUGUCAACUACUCUGGCGUAAAAGAAGUGACCAUCUCCAGAGAGAAGCUGUUGCCUGCCUGCAACUCUGACUGUGGCUGUGAUGAGAACCACUGGGAUCCAGUUUGUGGAGGCAAUGGUAUCACCUACAUGAACCCAUGUUUAGCUGGCUGCAAAACUUCUGUGGGAACUGGAAAGGAUUUGGUAUUUCAAAACUGCAGUUGUGUCGGAAUUUUAGGAGGUGAUAAUUUUUCUGCAGUUUUGGGUCAAUGUCCAAGGGAUAAUUGUACAAAGGAAUUCCCUUACUUUUUAGUGUUGUUGUCCAUCCUUGCAUUUCUCUUCUCUUUGGGAGGAACACCGACAUAUAUGAUUAUGUUCAGGUCAGUUUCACCAGAUUUGAAAUCUUUUGCAGUUGGCAUUGAAGCUUUAUGUGGAAGGAUACUUGGAGGGCUUCCAGCACCUAUUUACUUUGGAGCUUUGAUUGAUCAGACCUGCUUGAAAUGGGGUGUGAAAACCUGUGGUGGAUCUGGGGCUUGCAGGGUAUAUGAUACCGAAGCAUUCAGAAAUAUCUACCUUGGGGUCAUUGCUGCACUAAGAUUUGGAAGCUGUUUUCUUUAUGUCAUCCUUUGCAUGUUAAUCAUGAAGCAUUACAGGCAAGGCAAUCAGAAGACGAAAGCAACCAACAUUGCAGAAGUACCUGACAUUAAAUUGUCCAAUAUCAGUUCAAAGACAGAAGUGUCCUCUUGCAGGGAGGUGCAAGUCGCUGGAGACACUCCCUUGUGAAAAGGUCAAGGAAUAUGAUCUGGAAUGUUCAUGCACACAUGGCUGCAAACUGUGGAUUCAUCACAAGCAAACUGUGCAGUUCCUAACCAUGCUACUCCUUGACUAAGCCAAAGCUCUGCCAGUCACUGGGGGUAGACAUUGGUAUUAGCAUCAACCAUUGGUUCAAAAAGAAGCAAUCUGGAACCCAGUCUAAGUUCAAGAAAGUCUUGGAUCCUGAUAUUAGGGGAAUUCUUACUAAUGACCCAAUUGAGAUUGUGCUAUGACUCCUGGAUGAAACGUGGUAGUCUUGGGAAGUCAUAAACACUGGUGCCUAUUAAACUGUGCAGGGCCAUGUCAAGCCUGGCACAAGAACAUGGAAGUUGGAAAAGGAAGAUGUGGUUUUGGAACACAAUGUGAGAACUAUAUGUUGCAUCAUAAUGAAAAAACAGAGGAGAUAGUUUUGUUGAUUUAAACUCCUCCUCCUCCUCUUCCUCCAGUGCUAUGUUUCCAGAAACUCUUCCUUUCAUUUCUGAGUAAUUUUCUUCCCUUCUGGUUUGGGAUCUCCAUACACAAUGUUUACACAAGUAAGGUUCUUUUGCUAAUUUAGUUCCUCAAAACAAUCAUCGUGGAAAUCGAUGACUGUUGCAAUGUGGAGAUGGUCAAUGUAUGUGGUUAACAAGUUUUGAAGGUGACACCAAGCACCAUCCAUUUCUCUCCAAAGAUAAUGACUGCCACACACAGUAGAUAACCUUGAUUAACUGAACUCUGGUUUCCUCGAUUAACCCAAUAUUCUGUGUUUCCACAUUGACCAGAUUCAUACAACAAAAUAAGCCAUAAACUAACCAAACAUAUUUUAGACUACAGCAUUGUUUAAAUACAGUCCUGAAAAGGCACCUUUGGAUGGUUUUGGUUUUACCCCUUCACUGUUUAGUUUUCUUAAGAGUUUGCAGCUGUUUUCACCUUUUUUCAAUGUAUAAGUUGGAGAGACUUCAGCUGUGUUUACACAACACAUUUAUCCAUGGUUUACAUGCCAGUUUAAUUCCAGUUUGCCCUACAGAAAUGAUUGUGUAAUUUAUAAACUAACCUCCUAUCCUGGUUUCACACAAUAGUUUGUGGUUCAUCUGAACACUACCAUAGACAGAAGAAAGAUUUGGGGAAACUCUUUGUACUAGAGGAAGAAAUGAGAAUCCAAGAUGGCAGAUUACUUCACCAUCCUUUGCUAAUGGAUCUGUUUCAAAACCUAAUGAAGAACUUCUCAAAGAGUAA